AUUUCUGAGAUAGUUUCAGCGACAAAUAAUAAUAACCAGUGACUACCUACUAUUAACCGACCCAACUAAACUAGAAUGUUAUGUUAGUUAUGUUAUCUUGGUUUCUUUUCCCGCUUGGUUGAGUGAAUCAUAGCAGUACAUAAAGGACAAGCACAAUUACCCAAAGCCAUAAAGUGGUAUAGAUAGAAAGACAGACUCAGAGAGACAGAGAGAGAGAGAGAGAGAGAGAGAGAGAGGAGAUGGGUUAGGGCGAAAAGAAGGUACUUUUGGUUGCCUCAGCACAAGAAAUCUCUGGUUUCACAGUGGUGACGGUUGCACGAGGCACGAGAAUUUCACACUUCCUGCAACCCCAAUCACUGUAACAAAAAAGAAACAAAGCAGUCAUCGUCAUCUUCAAGCAGAGGAACCAGAAGAGAGAAUCAAACCCCCCCGCUAACAAGUUCUGGUUAUUAAGCUGGAAGAAGAAGAGCAAAAGCACUACAAGGUUCUGAGUCUGGAUCCUCAAAGCAACCAACGUCAUCACUUUCAUCACCUCCACCAUUUCCACCAUCAAAACCCACUUCUCAAUUCCAGGCAUGUAGAGCCAGAAGACGACGACGAGGACCAGGAUUCUUCAGUUUCUCCAUCUUCUAAAGACCCAGCUCUUCAUUUCCAUCUUCAGUAUCUGCAACAAAACCAGUCUUAUGCAGGUUUAGACGCAGAGCAUAGCUCUCUUCAUCCUCCCAAGAAGCGGUCUUAUUUCCUUCCUCCUCCGCCUCCGCCUUCUUCUUCUUCUUCUGUUACUGCUACCGUCGAAUAUGCAACAAAGAUGGGGGAGAGUGCCAAUCAUCACCACGGACCCGCAACGACGUCGUCGAGAUUGGCGAUGAGGGGUGGAGUGGGAGAGAUCGUGGAGGUUCAAGGAGGCCACAUUGUUCGCUCCACCGGUCGCAAAGACCGUCACAGUAAGGUUUGUACCGCGAAGGGACCAAGGGAUCGGCGAGUUCGUCUCUCCGCUCAUACCGCCAUUCAAUUCUACGACGUCCAAGACCGCCUUGGCUACGACCGCCCCAGUAAAGCCGUCGAUUGGCUCAUUAAGAAUGCCAAGGCCGCCAUAGAUGACCUUGCUAAGCUUCCGGCAUGGAACCCCAAUACGGUAAAUCAAAAUGCCCAGCAAGAGCAGGAGCGAGAGCAGAAUCAGAUGGUAAGCGAGAAUGUGAACGAGAACAAGAGCCCGAUUGGAGUUCACCGUGCAGUGGCGGCGGCAGAUACCAUGGCUUCUGGUAGCCGGGAAACAAGUACGCAUGCGGGAAGUGGCUGUCAGAUUUUGGAGCAAUUGGGUGAAAACCCUAACCGUGGUGGGUCGGCUUUUCUGCCGCCGACGCUGGGCACUGACAUUGCUGACUCCAUCAAGUCUUUCUUCCCGACUGGUGCGACGGCGGCGCCAGAGACAAAUUCUUCGUCCAUUCAGUUUCAGAAUUACCCACCAGAUUUGCUUUCGCGAAGUAGUAGCGCCUGCCAGAACCAAGAUCUGCGGCUCUCGCUCCAGUCCUUCCAGGACCCGAUUCUGCUUCACCAAGCUCAAAAUCAGACUCAGCACCACCAUCAACAUCAACAGAACGAGCAGUUGUUCUCUGCAACGACCCCACUAGGGUUCGAUGGGGCUUCUUUCCCAGACGAACACGGUCGAUUGCAUAGAAUGGUAGCCUGGAAUGGUGGUGCUGCUGACGCUGGCAAUAGUGGCCACGGCGGAGGAGGAGGUUUCAUCUUCAACUCGCCGUCGCCGAUGCCGACUCUGCCGCCGCCGCUGUUCGGCCAGAGCCAUUAUCUUACUCAGAGGGGACCCCUUCAGUCCAGUAACCAUCCUUCGAUUCGUGCUUGGAUAGACUCAUCCACCACUGAUCACCACCACCACCACUAUCUUCCACCGACAUUCCAUCAUCAGUCUGCUAUCGCCGGCGGCAUCGGAUUUGACCCCGGUAGCUUCUCAGGUUUCCGCAUCCCAGCACGAAUCCAGGGUGAAGAGGAGCAUGACGGCGUUUCUGAUAAGCCGUCCCCUGCUUCCUCUGAUUCUCGCCAUUGAAUGCAUAAGCAUUCCGACAUUCCCUCUCCUUUUAAGGAUUCAUGGUGACACCCAAGAUGAUUGAGAACUUGCAGUUUCAUCAAGAACCAAGAACGAAUUUUCCAGCUGCAAUCGGAGUCAAUCAAGAUUGAAGAAGCAUAAUAAUCUCAAGGAGUUGGACUCGGAUUUCACUCGCUCUGGUUCAAUGGCGUGUUUAUACCGUGGGAGAGAAGAAAAUCUGGGCGAAUUCGCCAGGUUUCCCGAUCCCCGGUUUGUUGUGUGUUUCAUUUCCAGUUUUUGUUUGGCCUAUGUUUGACCAGAGACUUUCACGUGUCUUUCGUUUCAUCAUUGUUGGAUCACUGUUACCUCCGUGCCAUUUUGGAAGUCAUCCCUAUCUAAAAUACUGAGUUUUAAGUUUUAACACUACUGUGCACGAAUUGAUUGUUACCAAGUGAUGUUUCAAAGUUCUGAAUCUUGCAGGCUAUAUAUAGUGUUUGAUGUUGAAUUUUCAUUUUAAGAUUAAGAAAUGGCUUGGUUGGAGA